AUGCGGGGUACAAUUAGUAAAUUGAGCGGAGCAGAGAGGGGCGAUAGAGCUCUAGAAGCGCACGCAUGUUAUUUCCCAUUAUGUCCGUUUAUUAUGGAAAUGGAUGUCGGAAAUAUCCCGAUAGACUUGGAUCCUAUCAAGAAUGGACGUGAUGUUUGUGGAUCUGGUGGUUCGCCAAUGGAUUGGGAAUUUGUCGAUCCUAAUUAUACGACAUAUGAAGACAGAUUAGCAUCAUUUAAUUCCCACGAGGAAUUAUUUCGGGUAAAUAUCAGACAAUUGGCUGAAGCCGGCUUUCAUUAUUUAGGUCCUGGCGAUCGCGUAAAAUGUUUUACUGCUAUGGAGGAAUCAACUCGUUUAAUGAUGGUGACGACCCGUGGGUCCAACAUGCUGGUGUUUUCCCACAUUGUCAAUAACAGUCUGCUCUCUUUCCCAAAUUGGAUGAGAGCACCGUUUGUGCGCCAUAUGCUUGAUUCAAAAAUUCAUUCUAAAACUAAAAUCUUAGAUGUGAUGAAUAACAAAUGGAGCCAAGAUCGCAAACCGUUUACAUCGUUUGCUCAGUUAUAUGAUGCCUGCUUUGCCAAAUAUGGUUCAAGUAAAUUAGAACCAAUCAAAGAGUGUUCAGAUGAGACGAAUAAUUUAAUGUUGUGCAAAAUCUGUUUUGAAAAUAAUUUGAACACUGUAUUAUUUCCUUGUUGCCAUCAAAUAUCAUGCCAAUACUGUGCUAAAGAACUUAAAACAUGUCCAAUGUGCCGCUAUCCCGUCCAAACAUUCCUUAAAACGUUUUUUUAA